AUGGCUGCGCUCCCGGCACCGCUCGUGGAGCUUGGCUUUGCCGAGGAAGCUCCCGCGUGGCGCCUGCGCAGCGCGCUCUUUCCCAGCAAGGUGGGAGGGCGGCCGGCGUGGCUGGGCGAGGCGGGCCUGCCGGGGCCCCGGGCGCUGUCCUGUCCUCUCUGCGGCCGCCCGCCGGCCUUCCUGCUGCAGCUGUACGCCCCGCUGCCCGGUCGCGCCGACGCCUUCCACCGCGCGCUUUUCCUCUUCUGCUGCCGCGACCCGUCGUGCUGCGCCGGCCUGCGCGUUUUCAGGAAUCAGCUUCCCCGGAAGAACGACUUUUACUCUUAUGAUCCCCCUUGUGAGGAGCCUCCCAUGGAAACCGAAGAACCUGUGUUUCUCCAGCUCAAGUCCGGUGCUCACCUCUGCCGAGUAUGCGGCUGCUUCGCCCCCAAGACAUGCUCCCGGUGCCACAAGGCACAUUACUGCAGCAAGGAGCACCAGACACUGGACUGGAGGUGGCACCGGCACGCUUGCACACAGGCAGGUGAUUUGGAUGAUUCGAUUCCAGACCACAACUUUCUCUUUCCGGAAUAUGAGAUUGUAAUAGAAAUGGAAGAUGAGUUCCCUCCUGAAGUUCCAGAAGAGAAAGAUGAGAUGGAGCCCGUGGAGAGUAUGGAUGAUGCACUUGAGGAAGAAUUGGAAUCCAUGGCAAAGCAUGAAUCGAAGGAAGACAAAAUUUUCCAGAAGUUUAAAACCCGAAUAGCCCCUGAACCUGAGCAGAUUCUCAGAUACGGCCGUGGAAUUGUUCCUGUCUGGAUUUCUGGUGAAAAUGUCCCUCAGGAAGAGGAUAUUCCAAAUUGUCCUUGUGGCUCAAAGAGACUAUUUGAAUUCCAGGUCAUGCCACAGCUACUGAAUCUGCUCAAGGCCGACAGCCUGGGCCGCAGCAUCGACUGGGGCAUCCUGGCCAUCUUCACCUGUGAGGUCAGCUGUGCUCUGGGCACUGGUUACACAGAGGAAUUUGUGUGGAAGCAAGAUGUGACGGACACAGCCUAA